GCGGACGUGAAAAUGGGAAGUACUCUUGACGACCACCGCUUUUUAUUGUGAAUCUCACAUGACCCUGCCACUGUGGUAGUGUUUGUUUGGAGUGUCGUGCUAUCUUACUCCGCCCGUCUUUCGGAAGCUCAUCAUACGGAUUUGCUUGUCCGCUCUUGGGUUAUGGCGGCGACCGUGACGUCGUGCCAGGUGAAUGAGUUCUCAAGGCGGAAGAGGGAAAAAGAAGAGAGACAGUGCGGCCGUCGGCGCCAGGCUCGAAGGGGAGCACCUCGAGCAGGUGUCGCCGCAUAAACGCAACUUGUUUUACGCCUCUUACCCACUGCUGGCGGUCUUCGCUCUGUUUCGUUUUCUUGCGCUCCAUCUCGGGAUCCUGUUCGCCUGGUUGUGCGAGCGCUUGUCCCGGGUCAUGGCGGCUAAAAACCAGCCGUCUAAUCUGGCCGCGGACGAAGAGGAUACCAGCAACGAGCGGGUGCAGCGCCAUCACAAGCAGGCCUUCGGGUACAUUUCCUCGGCGCUGCGGAUCGACGAAGAUGAUGGAGCAUCCAAAGAUCAAGCUGUUCAGCUGUACAGAAAGGGUAUAUCUGAGCUGGAAAAGGGCAUUGCUAUUCCAAUUAGCGGACAAGGUGAACGGGCUGAUAGAGCCAGGAGGCUACAAGCCAAAAUGAAGACCAAUUUGAUAAUGGCAAAGGAUCGCUUAGACCUAUUACUGAAGAUGUCAGGUUCAUCAAAAUGCGAGUCCCAGAGAGACAUCUAUAAAGAAAAUAGAAACCAGUCCUUCAGUAAUGGAUGCCUUCAGUCAGAGAGUGGUGCAGUUCCAAAGAAGAAGGACCCUUUAACUCACUCAAGCAACUCUCUUCCACGAUCCAAAACUGCAGCAAAAAAUGCAACAGGACUUACUGGUCAUCAUCGUUCACCCAGCUAUAGUGGGUCUUCUGUUUCAAACAGUUCCAGGGCACCUGCUCAGUCUUCUUCAGCGACCAAGAUCCCAGCAGCAAAAGCCAGUAACAGGUCCAUCAACAGACCUCCAACUCCAACAACUGCUCCCCGAAAAAAGAAGGAUUUAAAGAAUUUCAAGAAUGUUGAUUCUAGGCUUGCCCACCUGAUACUUAAUGAAAUUGUAGACAGUGGACCUUCAGUUCACUUUGAUGAUGUCGCUGGACAAGAUCUUGCUAAGCAAGCACUUCAAGAGAUUGUGAUUCUUCCUGCUCUUAGACCUGAACUGUUUACAGGACUGAGGGCACCAGCACGUGGAUUGCUUCUCUUUGGCCCUCCUGGCAAUGGAAAAACUAUGUUGGCAAAGGCAGUAGCCACAGAGUCCAAUGCAACCUUUUUCAAUAUAAGUGCUGCCAGCUUGACUUCCAAAUAUGUGGGAGAAGGAGAAAAACUUGUAAGAGCGCUGUUUGCGGUUGCACGAGAACUUCAACCUUCCAUUAUUUUUAUUGAUGAAAUUGACAGUCUCCUAUGUGAAAGAAGAGAAGGUGAACAUGAUGCCAGUCGGCGAUUAAAGACAGAAAUGCUAAUAGAGUUUGAUGGAGUGCAGUCUGCAGGAGAUGACAGAAUUUUGGUGAUGGGUGCAACGAAUAGACCUCAAGAGCUGGAUGAAGCAGUACUUAGGCGUUUUACCAAAAGAAUUUAUGUAACGCUGCCUUCUGAAGAAACACGCUUGAGGCUAUUGAAAAAUCUCCUUGGGAAACAUGGUAAUCCAUUAAGCCAGAAAAAUCUGGAAGAGCUGGCCAGAAUGACUGAUGGGUAUUCAGGGAGUGACCUGACUGCACUGGCUAAAGAUGCCGCUUUAGGCCCAAUUAGGGAACUCAAACCUGAGCAAGUUAAAAACAUGUCUGCAAAUGAGAUGAGAAAUAUUACUUUUGGAGAUUUUAUAGAGUCUUUGAAAAAGAUUAAACGUAGCGUUAGUCCCCAGACACUAAAUGCGUAUAUGAAAUGGAAUAAGGACUAUGGAGACACCACUACUUUUUGACACAUGAUGGAAGUUCAGUAAAACAGUUGGCUCAUCUGCCAUACUUGAGAAUAAAGGGGACAACAUGGACAUUUGAGGUCAAAUAUGUUUGUAGAAGGUUUCUACAUUCUACUUUUUGACACAAGAAAUUAAUUCAAUGAAGUGCACUAGAAACACUUACAUUCAGAAUAAUGUUCCCUACAGUGGUCUUUACAAAAAGGAAGAAGAAGAUUACAUUUUUUUUCUUUUUUUUGGCAAAAUCCUUGUGUGUAUGUUUUUUUAUCUCCCAGUAAUGGCUUUUAAAUAAUGCAAACAGCACAAUAAAUGAAGAACAAAUAAAAAUAAGUGUAAAAUAUUGACGUCAAGAAUUAUAUUAUGGUCCUAUCGUGAUCAUUCCAUUGAGCUUGACGCAGUAAAUGCACCAGCACAGUUACAAGAAGACCUGUGCCUUAAGUUAGGGGAAGAAAUAAAAUCUGCAAACAUACUGCCUUCUUUAUUUAUGUAAGUUAAUGUCAGUCAGCUAAUAAACAGGAACAUAAAGAGGUGAUAAUUGUUUAUCUUGGCUGUUUUACUAGCUUGGUUUUCCUUGUUAAAGUCUUCUUUAUUCUCCUUAACGCACCUGCCAUUGGUUAUUUUAAUGCACAUUAUUAUCAGUGUUACAGCUUAGGUACUCAUUGUGUUUUUGAAUGAGAAGUCAACUGAGCUGUCAAAAGAGUGAAGCUGCUGCCUUCUAGGCAGAACAGUAGGGUGUCAACAAUAUAUUAUAAAGUUGGUCGGGUGUGAGUGAUGACCAUUUCUGGCAGAAUGCAAAUUUAUAUUUUCUCACUGCUAAUUAAACAGUUUUUGUGUUGUACUUUAGAUCCGUAGUGUGAAUAUUUAUAAUAAAACGAUGAGCAUUACCGUAAACUUGAAUUUUGUAAUGAAGACUAGAAGUGCCCUUCAACAUAAAGAUCCAUAAUUUUCUAUUGGCUCAUUGUCUUUAAAAAGUAGCCUUAUUUUUAACAGCCUUUUUGUGUCAAAGUACAUAAUAGUGGUUAAAUCCUUUGGUGCUUUGCUCUUGAUUGAAAUGCUUAAUCAUUUCAGAUUGAUUUCCAACUAUGCAUUUGAUCAUGCCUUUCUUGCAUUUGGAUACAUUUAAAGUUUUUAAAAUAAUUUCAUAAAAUGAAACAUUUGAUUUUGUAGCUUAUUUUAAAUCUAAUUUAUAAUAAAGACUCAACAAAAGCAAAAUUUAUAUCAUUACUUCUCUGUGACACAAAAUUGCCUAGUUAGGGUAAUGGUAACGUUGCUAAUUGCUUUGGAUAAAAAAUGUUUAGAGGCAUGUAAUAACAUGCAGAAGAAACCUGAAUAACCAGUUGAAGAAUUUACAUUUUUCAAAGAAAUUUCUGGAUUUGUCAUCUGGUGCCGUUGAUGUUACUCAUUACCCUUAAAACUUAGCAGUGUUUUGUAUGUGUUUUACUUAAUUAAAAAAGGGGGUUUCUUGAACUUAGGCACAGCAAACUGGUUUUAUUGUUUUGAUGUCACAUUUCAUAUACCUGCAAAGUUCAAAUUCAGGUUUGUGUAAAUAGUUUUGUAACGAAAUGCUGGCAAUAAUUAUGUUUAGCUUUAAAAAUAAAGGAAAUUGGAUAAUUAUGGAGAAGUACGUAAUUUGGUAAUUUUAUGUUAAUGAUGUUUAGAUUGAGGUUUGUUUUGUACACUUGAGGCUUUUUACUACUGAAUACAAAUAAAAUUAUUUUAUUAGUUUAAGUUAAGUGUGAAGUGCAGCAUAAAAAUAAUAAUUUGAUCAUUAUUUAAUAUCGGUUGAUCUUGUGCAGUGUUGGUCAACAAUUAUGGGAAAGCCUACAUGCAUUUAACCAUACUUUUGAUGAUGGAAGUUAAAAAAUAUAGAUAUUUUUUCUGUGAUACUUGGUAUGCACAUCUCAGUAAAUGGCAAGACUGUUUCUGAUUAUUUCUUUGUUUACUUAUAGCUUUAAUGGGUUAAAUUAUUUUGUUUAUCCCAGUAUUUAUCCUAUUAGUAAAGGUCUCCAAUUCAGUGUCCACAGGCACAACAGACAGUUCACAAGCUGUCUGGCUGCCUGUAAUUUUUUUUUAUUAAUUACCACUUGAACUAACUUUUCAUUAAAGUUUUAAGUAAAUUAAGCUUCUGAUACAUUUACUAACUUUACUGACAUUCGCUGCUACCACCAGCAGUCGUGCAUUUUCAGUGAGUGACUUGUGUUUUGAAAUCUCUGCACCUAAAUGUAUUUUUUUAUUUAACAGAAAGUAAUUGGAAGCUUUUUUUUUUUUUUUUUUAAUUUUUUUUUUGUUUGCCUGAAAGCCUGCCUUCAGAAUUACCAAAAACGUGGUACUAGCUUUUCUUACGAAUUUACGCCAAACUGUAAAUUUUUUUGUUUUUGCUUCCUAUUUUGAGUAACACAGAAUUUUCAGGUUUACCAGAUUUUUUUUAUGUGGCUUUUUUUCAACAGCUUAAAAUGUGGAACAUUUUAUUGUAUAUUUCAUCCAAUUUUUGGUAAAGCUGAGCCAUUACUGCAAAACAAGUUUUUGUUUGUUUUUGGUUUUGUAUUUGUACUUAUUUAUUUGUUUUGUAAUUAUUAAAUGUCAUCUUUGUUUAAAAAAACAGUUGGUAUUAAAAGUCAUUUUGUGUAAGCUUGCAAUUUAAAGUUUUUAAAUUACUGUCAUCUUCAUCUAAAACCUUACAUACUUCUUAAUAUAAUGUAAAGGGAUACAGCAGUUAUAAAUAUCCAUUUUCACCAGAUGGUUUUCUGGGGUUUGAUAAGCCAAGUUUAACUGAAAGUGUGACUGACAGUUAUCUUUCCCUAAUAAACAAAUGAUGCUAAAGGUGCACUUUUUAUACCAACUGAUGCUGUACUUUCCAUAUGUACUUGUAGCAUGUGUUCUCUUGUGUAUGUAUAUUUACAAUGAGAAUGUGUUCAAAAAUAUUUUCAAUAACUGCUCUUUUAUACACCCUGCCAAAGCAGGUUGCAAAUGGAAGAUGUGUCUGACAAAUUCUUGUUCAAAAGAGAACUGUUUUUGUAUAUGAUUUGUAUGGAUUAUUCUAGUUGAAAAUGUUUAUUUAAUGUACAUCAAAAACAGAAUGCUAACUUAAUGUUCUGCCAGAUGAAAUACUUAAAUAAACAGCUCAGAUCUUUCAAUAGAUAGAACCUGUUGAAGCAACUAAUUUGGAUGAUAUAUUUAAUUGUUUUCUUUGUACCUGUUUUAAAACAAUUUGUGAAACAGGUGAUCAUUAUAUCAGUGUGCCAUUUUUGCCAAGCUUUGGCACAUUGUUUCAAUGCUGGGUUAUACUCUGUGUCUGGGGGAAUAAGUUUCAUGUUUCUUUGUUUUUAAACUUUGAUAAUCCUUGUAAAACUAGCUAAACAAGUAACAGAGUUAUAAUGGCUAUGAGGUAACACAGGGCAGGGUUCGGGCCUAGCACAGGCACCCGGCUGAUUAGAGGGGAAGCUCAGCUAGGAGAUAGGCCCUGCAUUCUGUGUAUUCCUUGCAAGUAAUUUCUGUGGGAGUACCAGACAUAAUGUAGAUUUCAUAGAGAUUAGACCUGGGCAAAAAUAUUAGUUUUUUUCUGAUUAAUCGUUACCUUUAAAUGAUUUAAUAUUGAUUCUUAAAGUCUAAAGUCUUGAUAUUGUGAAUCUCUAUCAUGCUCAAUUACUACAUGUAGAUUUUUGUUUCUUCAUUUUUGGAAUACAAUCCAACAAAUGUCACUAGUGCGCCUGUUAAGACUUUUCUGUGGAAGAAAACUCUUUACUUCUUCACAUAAAAUGGAGUGUCAAUCCUCAACUGAAAUCGGUGCCUUCGACACUUAAAUCAGAUGUGUGGACAGUACGGAUUUAAACAGUGUGCCGGUAAAGAAAAACUGGAUGUCACCCAUAAACAAUCUCGGUUGACAUCCAAAAGAGUAGAGCCUAAAUCUACACAGCAGAUGGCAUUUAGCUACAAGCUUUUAUUUAAUUCACCUUGUACAAACAGAAUCUAUAGCAGUUUUUAUCUGUAAAAAGAAUCCCUACAACUUUGUUGAAAAUAAGGGCUUUCGACAAAUAAAUACAGGUUUUGGAACUGACAAACCAAAAAGCAAAUGAGUGAAGUUAUUGUACCAAGGCUUUAUUAAGUUCUUAAGCAAAGCAUUGGCACAUCUCUCAGGUGAGCAGAGAAAGUAGCCUUAACAUAUGACAGCUGGACAUCCAGGGCAGCUUUGCAACAUAACAAUCACAUGUCACUACAUUAAAAACAACUGGGCACCUGUGGUGGAUGUGUUGUAGACAAGAGCGAUGCUUGCCACUCACACCAAGAGUAACCUCUCUGCCUAUUUGCGAAGCUGCCAAGGUAGUUGGCUGUUGUUCCAAAAACUUUUUUAGCAUCUUUAAUGUGCUCUUACAUCACAUGACCACAUCAAUCACAAGUUUGUGUCUUGGCAAGUCCAAUAAAUGUUGCAUGGUGGUAAAAAGUUUUCAUCGUGCCUGACCCAACCUAGCAAGCAGACAAUUGUUAGUUUUCAGUGAAGCCUGCGUGUGUGCAAAGCAACACACUUGAAGUAGCUCCUUUAGCUGUAUUGCAUGGAUCAUACUAGCGGCGCUGUCAGUCAUGAUGGCUGGUUCUUUGUCUUUUAUGUUCCGUUCAUCCAACACUGCUGUCAACAAGCAUCUGUUCUAGAUCCUCUUUUUUAAAACAUUUCCUUUUUGUCUGAGGGAGGAACUGUAUGGACACAAUUUCGAGAUUGAUUAACGUGACUAGUACAUGUGAGCAACUGAAGAUAUGUGUAACUUGUAGAAUUAUAGAAAGGCAUGAGUCUUCCUGCUAUAUCUUUGACUAAUUCAAGAUUUUUUAAUCGUUCAAUAGGUAAAUACAUUUGGCAAGCAGUUUAGUAACAGUUGAAGGAUGCCUACAUGGAGAUUCAUUACAUAAGAAUGGGUUACUGAAUAACCUAUUUAUUAUUUAAGAAGCAGUAUUUGAUUGUUUUACAACAUUGUUAUUCACAAGAUUAUACAGAUAUUUUAUAAAGUAGAUACCAUUGAACUGUAUUAAAACAAGGAGCCCCCAUAUUAUUUGUGGACUCUAUAAAGUAGCGUGAUUUAACCAUGCCUGUGGCUGGAAAUAAAGGACAAAGAGUAGAUGAGAAAGUAGAAUGUCGUAAAGAAUUCCAAAAUGUUGGCACAGAACACAUGCAGAUCAGGCUAGAGAUAAUGGAAGUAAGAAAAUUCGAAAGUCUCAAAUAAAAAGGAUAGGAAAGAUCACAUUAGCACAAACAAACAAAUUAUUACUCAGUGAAAUAACGGAACAGUGAAAAGAGAUUUAAUGUAUUGUUCGGAUUUAAACUUUAAGUCAGAGACUUGUAGAUCGUCUAAUUCGUGUUGCCAGCGAGAAUUAAAAGAUUCCAAAAAUGUUGGCGCGGUACGAAGUCCCGUGAGACAGAGACUUUUAACAUGAGAUUCUUUCAAGUCACGCCCUACUUACAACUAUUUUCAAACAAGACCACGGUCAUCUAACCUCAGUCGUGUGAAUGCUUUUGUCAGACACACAUCCUGCGCUCUUAGCUCUUCUAAAUUUUAUCAGGACAAUAAUUUUAUACGUUCUAGAUGACACGUCAUCAACAAAGCAAAGAAGAAAGAGCAUUGACAAACAUUCGAAAAAGUCAUUUUAUUUAUUAGAGAGAAAGAAACGAUAUUCACUCACAGGCAGUUGUACGUUGCAUAGUCACGAUGUAAGUCAAAAUUCAAUGCAAUCUUGAAGGAAAGUUAAUUCCAAGUAUUGUUUUUACUAUAAAGUUUUAAAGUAAAAGUGAAAAUAAUGCAUAUGUAACAAUUCCCAUGAAAAUAACAAUCACUUUAAAUUGUAUAUGCGGUAAACCAAACCCCGGGGGUAUGUGAGUGAAGCGAGUUCACGUUAAUUAAAUAAUGAUAAAUUUUGAAUUUUUUUUUAUAUAUAAAACAGCAAUGAUAUUUUUUUCCCCAUCUUGCAAAUACUGAUGUUAACUGUUCAUUACUAAAAUGUCAUUCCAUGCUUAUGAAUGUUAUGAAGUCAGUAUGUAGGCACCUUCAAAUAAAGUGUUACUGAAAUUUGUCACAGUAUAUUAAUGUACCUUGUGCAUGGUUAAGUAUGCUCUAAAAAAGCCAGCACUUCAAUGUAUCAGAACACGCAUAAUUCAAUCAAGAUAGAAUCGAUAGUGAAUCGGGACAUUGUGAAUUGAAAUCAAAUCAAAUCAUGACAUCAGUAUUAAUACCCAUUCUUCUGUCGUCCUCCUGCAAGUUGUAAAAUGUUGGUGCACAGUCCCACGUUGUGAGAGAAAUAUUUAAAUUACCCAUUUACUAUAGGUUCCAGGUACCUGAAAAAAACAUUCAUUUAAUAGCUUUAUUGGACUCAAGAGUGCUUAAUUAAACUAGUAUUUAUUUUUCUGGGACAUAGUCUGAAAGGGAUGUUAGUAGCUACAGCCUUUGGCAUGGUUCAGUGAUUGUAGAGUUUGGAUGUGAUUUAGGGCAUAUUUUUUUGUUAUAAAUGUAGGAUUUUGCCCACUUUUCCAACUCCUUACUGGGUGACAGGAUUUAUUUUACUUGUUUAUGUUCCCUAUUUACUUUAAUGGGAAGAAACAAUCCUCCAUUCUUUGUUUUAUUGUGUCAACAACCAUUUGCUCUGUUUUAAUAUUUGUCUCUUUGAGAUGUUGGGGAUGGUAUUGCAUUAGCAAAGGUGUCUAAGUUUUAGCAAAAAGAUUUCUUCUCACCUUUUCUGUUCUUUUAUAGAGGAUCAUAGGUGUCAUUCUGCUCCUGUUGCAGUGUAAUUAACACCAUAGGAAACUGGCAUUUGUUAAGGAUAAAGCAUGAAGUCUAGACAAAGUGGACAGUUUGUAUAUUUGAGUAUUCUUACUUGGAAACAUCUUUAUAAAAUUAAGUUUAUAUGCAAUUUUGAAAAGUGCUUUAUUCCGAUGUGUGAUCACUCGGUUCCUACAAAGCAUUAAAUAGGGAAGAAUUGCCAU